AUGUGUGCGAAUAUUGAGCGAUCGACGGGGCGGCGGUGCUCGUUGGAGACGUUGCGGAUGGUGGCGGCGUGCGCGCCGGCGGGGACGAUUACGUUUCGAGCGAAGACGAGUCGGGCGGAUGAUUUGAAGAACAUUCACGUGGAUGUGGAUUUAGGCAUCGAGGAGGGAUCGAGUGGGAACGAUAAGGCUGGGAUGGUCGCCAUGCGGGCGAAAAUGGCGGCGAUACGGGCGAAGAUGGUUAUGAUUGUGGCGAACACGCACGAAGGCGACGCGUACGACGCCUCGGCGGCGCCGCCAGAGUCGUGGCGCGAGGAUUUCGAUCUCGAAAGCGUCCCUCUGCCCGAACCGGUGAAAAUCGCGUUCAUGGAAGAUUCAUCGAGAGACGGUCCGCGACUGUUAUCGUCCACGAGCGCGCCGUUGCUCGGCGAAGCGUCGACCUCGGCGCUCGGUCGCGGCGGCGUGAGCGAAGGAGAGCUCACGCGCGCCAUGUCAGAUUUGGGUCCGGACGGUAAAGGCAUCUCCGCGCGCGCCGUUCAAGCCGUGCUUGAGCGACAAGCCAUCGUCGAGGCGUUCAAUGAUCCCAGCGCCGUGGCUGAUCGCGAGCGGCGUCGUCUGCACGGUCGACUUCCGCACGUCUUCGACGCCGUGCGCACCGCCUUCGCCGCGCGCAAGCGAAGCGUCAUGGAACUCGACCCACUUCUGGACGAGCUGAUGCACACGAACGCUCGCGCCGAGAUCAGCGCGCACGAACUCGCCGACGGUGUUCGCAUCCUCGCUCGGAUGUGCCCCGAGUGGUGCACCAUCGUUCACGCGCGGCACGGGGACGAAGAACUCUUUCGAAUCGUCUCUCGCGACCCGGCGACGGCUCGCGUCGCGCGCGCCAAACUCGCCAAGCUCUGCCGUGACGCCGCGUGA